UCAAAAAAUUUCAUAAUGGCCUUAAAGAGUAUUCAUACAUUUGCCUUAUUGUUUUUAUUUGUUACUUUUAUGAAGUUGAGUUAUCAUAGUGAGGCUGCAAAUGGUGAUAAAUCUGGCUUGGGAGCUUCUUUUAUAUUCGGUGAUUCUUUGGUCGAUGCUGGAAAUAAUAACUAUUUACAAACUCUGUCUAAAGCGGAUAUCCGGCCUAAUGGUAUCGAUUUUAAGGCUUCUGAUGGUUCCCCUACCGGCCGGUACACCAAUGGAAGAACCAUUGGUGACAUUGUAGGGGAAGAACUAGGGCAACCAAAUUAUGCAGUUCCAUUUUUAGCUCCAAAUUCCACAGGAAAAGCUAUAUUAUAUGGUGUAAAUUAUGCUUCAGGAGGAGGAGGAAUUAUGAAUGCAACUGGAAAAAUAUUUGUAAAUAGGCUAAGCAUGGACAUUCAAAUAGAUUAUUUUAACAUUACUAGAAAACAAAUUGAUAAAUUGUUGGGUGCAUCCAAAGCAAGAGAUUUUAUUAUGAAGGAAUCAAUAUUUUCUAUUACGGUUGGGUCUAAUGAUUUCUUAAAUAAUUACCUUCUUCCGGUUCUCUCGGUAGGAGCAAGAAUUACUGAAAGUCCUGAUGCAUUCAUUGAUGACAUGCUCAAUCAUUUCAAAAACCAACUUACGAGGCUAUAUAAAUUGGAUGCUCGAAAGUUUGUGAUUGGAAAUGUUGGACCAAUAGGGUGCAUACCGUAUCAGAAGACAAUAAAUCAAUUGAAGGAGAAUGAAUGUGUAGAAUUGGCUAAUAAAUUGGCAAUUCAAUACAAUGGGAGAUUGAAAGAUUUGCUUGCUCAAUUGAACGAUAAUCUUCCUGGAUCUACAUUUGUUCAUGCCAAUGUCUAUGCUUUAGUCAUGGAAGUCAUCACAAAUUAUGAUAAAUAUGGGUUUACAACAGCAACAAAAGCCUGUUGUGGGAAUGGAGGGCAAUUUGCAGGGAUAAUUCCAUGUGGACCGACCUCUACUAUGUGUGAAGAUCGUUCAAAGCAUGUAUUUUGGGAUCCUUAUCAUCCAAGUGAGGCAGCUAAUGUUCUACUUGCGAAGCAACUUCUUGAUGGAGAUCAAAAUUAUAUUUCUCCUAUCAAUCUUAGGCAACUCAGAGAUCUUUAAUUGUACUUUAAUUACAAGAUAGAUACACCCCAAAAUAGCCAAUGUUUUUAUGUCAAACGAACUUAAAAAUUCCGAUUUUUCAUAUUUAAAAGUUUGUAUUUUCGCAUUGCUUUGUAUCAUCAUGAUCCUAUGACCAGGCCAUUAUAACACGUUUUUUGCCCCGGGCCUUCAAGUCA